ACGAAUAAUUGCCAUCAUCAUCAAGCAAGCAGGCCUUGCGCUGGUUUUUCUUUGCGUUGUUUUCGUCGCUCAGUUUCUCGUGCCGAGUGUCAGCUGCGUGCAUGCAGGCCGUUUUCGUUUCCUACACGCGCGACGGACACAUUCAGUCGUCUACCGGCGCUGCGUUGUUGCCUCGAAGGCGUCCGCUGUUGCUUUCAGUCAUGUCGUCUGCCUGACCGGUGUCGUCUGCCAAGACGGACACAGCACCUCCAAGUGCUCCGCCACGCAGGUGAAUAGGUGUUGCUGCCGGCAACAAAAGCCAAAACGAUGCAGUGCGUGCUGAGGGACAAGUUCCGUCUCUAUCCGAACACCGAGGACGACUACGACGUGACGCUGUACGAGAACUCGCUUGUGUUCGAGCCGUGCGUGAAGGGCAAGGGGUUGGACUCGUACCGUGCGCGCACCGAGGUGAAGCUCGAAGACGUAAUCGGCUGUCAUGUGAUGCGCGUAGCCGAAAACGCGACGGGUUUGAAGAAGAGCGUGUCGUACUUUUGCGUCUACGCCUACCACUUGGUGCCGAAGAAGAAGAACAACCUGUGCCAGCGACGCCAGAAAAGGACAUACGUGUUUUCGGUGGAUCAGAGUGGCGAGUACGAGGCGAACCUAGCAGUGUCCCGCGUAUGGCAGUCGGCAUUCCUUUGGCUACUACGAGGCGUCAAGCUCGAGCGAGGCGUUGAUGGCCAGACGUUCAUUCCGGCCGAGCUUCCGGCGCAGCGGCACUACCUGGUCAUCGUGAACCCCAAGAGCGGGCCCGGCCGGAGCCUCGAGAUCUUUCUGCACCGAGUGCGACCGAUCCUGGCCGAGGCCGACAUCUCCCACCUCCUCCUCGUCACCGAGCGGCGGAACCAUGCACGGGACUUCAUCAAGAACCUCCAACUGAAUCAGUGGAGUGGAAUCCUCAUCAUCUCCGGUGACGGGCUGCUCUACGAGGUGUACAAUGGCCUCAUGGAGCGACCUGACUGGGAGCUGGCCAUCAAGAUACCAAUCGGCAUGAUUCCCGGUGGUUCCGGCAACGGACUGGCACGGACCAUCAGCCACGCUGCCCAAGAGCCGUACAUAAGCGAUCCCAUCCUGGCGUCGACGCUGGGCAUCGCCAAGGGCCGUGUAGCCCCGCUGGACUUGAUGAAGGUGGAGACGCCAUCGGGGCCCCUGUACUCCUUCCUGAACGUCGGCUGGGGCAUCAUGGCCGACAUUGAUAUCGAAUCUGAGAAGCUGCGCGCCAUUGGAGAGAUACGCUUCACCCUCUGGGCAUUCUGGAGGGUGUUCAACCUGCGCACGUACAGCGGCCGGAUCUCGUACCUGCCGGCGAGCGAGAAGAUGUUGAAGGGCAGCAACGGCGUCAUCUCGCGGCUCAUGACGUCGCGCAACGGCCCGACCGCUCCGCCACCGCGCAGCCGGUCGUCAGGUGCCGACCUCGGUGAUUUCUGUGGUCAGAACGGCAACACAAGGACUUUGAACAGGUCCGAGAGCGCUCCGGAGAGACAUCCCGCAGCCGGUAACGGGACGUCACGCAGCGGAGAGAACGAGGCCGCCAUGGAGAAAGCUACGGAACACGCGGUCCCCAAUGCUGGCGAAGACCAGGCAUCCCUUCCAGUCACAGGCGAGGAACUGCCGCCCGAGCUGGAGCUCGUCGCCGAUUCCAGCGUUGGCCGUGUGCCGGGGCCAGAGCCACAGGAGCCCACAAUGUCGACGCCCGAGUGGUUCCCCGCGCUGACGGACCCGGUGCCAGAUGACUGGACGGUGGAGGAGGGCCGCUUCAUCAUCUGCUACUCCAGCAUGGUCAGCCACUUGGGCACCAACUUGUUCAUCGCGCCCGAGUCUCGGCUGGACGACGGCAUCGCCUGGCUGCUCAUCAUCCGUGGCGAGGUGUCCCGCUUCCAGGUGCUCAGCUAUUUCAAGGCGCAGGAGGCCGGCCACCACGUAGACCUGCCCUUCGUCCGCCUCAUACCAGUACGCGCGUUUCGCCUCGAGACCUUCUCGGACAGCACCAUCACCGUGGACGGCGAGCAGGUCAAGACGAGGAUUCUGCAAGCCCGUGUGCUGCCUUCCUUGGGACGAAUUUUGACUUUCUAGGACCCUACGGGAAGACGUGAUAUUAUACUCUCAAUUCGCAAUACAGGGGUGAAUAUCUCUCCGCAGUCCCUGUUUGAAGUGCGUGCAAGAAUCGUUUUGAUCUGCCCACUUGAUGAAGUAAUACUAGCUUGUUUUUGUUUCGAAUGACCAACCAUGCGCAUUAGCACGUGGAUGGACAUUCUUUUUUUUUUUUCUUUUUACGUUGACCAGUGAAUCGACACAACUGCCUUUUAUGAGGCAUUCGCAACGGACAGUGCCAGGACUGCGUGUGUGCGCCUUGCUAAUAUCCAUGCAAAGUUUGCCUAGGCACGCGAAUCGUUUCACAAUGAAGAAGGAAAUGGACACGGUGUCCACAAGUUGCGGGUGCUACAGUUCUCAUUCCAUGGGCUGGGAUCAAAUGUAGAUUGUGAUGUUUUACGUAGUGUCCUCUCACUACCUUAUGUCAGCGGUAUGUGACGUGAUGACCUCGAGGUCUUGUAGUGUUGGUAUCGACUUUUUGUUUUGCUACUGACUUAGUAGAUAUAUGUUCCUCCUUCACUUAGUUAUUACUUUAUGCAAUUUUUGUUCUUGUUAGUACAGCGAGAUCCUUUUUAACCUCGAGAAAGUUUCGUGGUUGAGUUCUAAACCUCCAAUCCCUGUUCCCACUGUGAUGGCAUCUUGUCUCAAGCAUCGUCAGAGUCUUCCAUGCACUAAUCGUGCACACCGGGGUUUGUGCUUGUACAUUUUAUGCGCACUACAGGACUAUUGCCUACGAACGUGCACUUGUUUCCCCUCGUGUAAAAAGGAGGGCUCUAGUUUGACGAGUGUCGCACGUGUCAGUGCUGGCCCUUUUAAAGGCAUCUUUUUAUUUUGACGUAUACCAAGUAUUUCGUGAUGUGCGAGCUCCACCAUUAAAUUAUAUUUAACUCUUUGUACCUCUGAUCUACGGGUAAUUUAUUGCCCAUUGUGUGCAUAACUUGCAGUUAUUAACAGAGCGGUACAGUGAUGUUAGGCCAACCAUGGACGUUCCCCAUUCCCCAACGCCACCUUCCAAUUUUUACAUGAUAAGGGUACGAGGGUGACGCCAACUUGAAGCAAAUUAGCAUACUGUGCUCAAAUCUAACACUUCUGUCGAUGGACGCUGUUUUUUUAACUUUAAAUUAAACACAUGCUCGCCUUAUUUCCCAAACGGCGAGCGAGAUGUGCAAAUCUUCUGUCUCCGGCGAGUGUCAUGUCUGUGGAAACUGAUGCUAGAUGGCGUUGGUAACAGGAAGGGUGCUAGUGGUCGUGGUGACACAUGAAGGAAUAAAAGCUCUUUCUUGACAUCGCUUCAGUGCAUCGUAAAUCGUCUGUGCAGUUGUACUGCUGGCGCUGGAGUUGUGUGUUUGUGUGCGUGAGCGUGUGCACUAUUGCUUAGUUUUGGUACAUGCACCCAGGUGGCGCAACGGAGAGAUACAGUGGCUACAUCUACCAAUACUUGCUGCAACUGUUUGUGUCCUUGUUUUUUGGUUUCCCCACAGUGCACCGCAUUUGUGGGCAUGGUGAAAACCGACGGAUGAACUCCGAGCAAAACGACUCACUUUGUUGUUUUCCUUUCUUGUUUGCGCACGUGGGAAUUAUCAUGUGACCAUGGAAUCGAUGGCACUGUAGAAACUGUGUGUUGGUCGUUUGAUAGUGAAGUGGUGCGGUGAUUUUUGUGACGCUUGGAUGUACGUUAGGCCAGUAGUCAAGGGGGGGGGGGGGGGGCAGAGAUCCUGGACCUCUUCAAAACUGCAGUUUAAAGGUGGUUUUACCGAGAAGAAAUAAUGAAACUGCCAUGCUCGUCACAUUUAAGCACACGCGCGCAAGCAUCAAAUUUCGAUUCACUACACGCAAUAAUUUCCUUCUUGAGGAACGAAUGUCGUGGAAAAGUUGAUGGGUUUUUCAAGCAGUCUUUAACAGGUUCUCCUCCCCCUCUGAAAAAAUUUCUGGCUACAGGCUCUGUGUACGUUCUCGUUGGUAGACAGAAAGGUAUCUUAAAAACGUAUGAUAUUUUUAAAAGUAAGCAUUGUUGACUUGCAGUUCACUAGCAGCAUUCAUGUAAAACUGCAUAGUGCAUGACGAAGUGAAUAUAUAAAUAACCGAGGCUGUAUUCUUGACCACCUUCCAUUUUUUCCCCACAUGUACAUAAUGUGUAUAUUUAACGCAGUGACUAUAACCCUCCCCCAUCUCGUAUACAAAAGGUGCCUUCUCGAUCAGCGGUCCGCGAUCUUCCCUUACUGUCCAUUACGAGCAGCUGUACAUGUAAAGGAUGAAAUAAAUUGACUCAAUAAUACCUUGU